AGUGGGGAAAAGAGGCGACUUGUGCCUUUGUCCAACUCAAAAGUUUCAUUCCACACGUGCACUGCGGAGCAUCAGCAUCUAAUCCACAUCAUAAAACAUCAGAUUUUUUCCUAGUUUCCUCUCCGCAGCAUCAACAUCCUGAUCGUCUCAUUUGAUUUAUCGCGAUUUAUAAUUAGACUAUAAAUUAUUUCGUGGUUAUUUGAAAAUUGUGAGACACAGAGGAAAAAAGAAAUUUCCCGUUGAUUUAUACCGUACUGAAAUACUUCAUAGAGAUGGAACCGAUUAUAAAGGAAUCCAACUCUUCAACCAGCCAGACUAGUCAAAGUCAAAUAAAAAAUGAUAGAAGGGAGCACACAGCAGACUUUUUCUCUAACUGUCUACAUUUUUACGAGUCUUCGUGGAUGUAUGAUUGUACAAUAAGAGUCGGUGCAUUGCAAGGCUCUCAGCCUUUCAAGUGCCAUAAGUUGAUUCUCUCAGCAGCCAGUGGCAUAUUCUAUACCAUGUUCAACAGUCAGUUCAAAGAGGCUCAGUUAGGACCGGACGAUGCAAUUUUAAUUGAGGACGCAUUGCCAGAAAUUUUCAAUGCUGCCAUGAGAUUUGUCUAUGGCCGGAAAGCUGACUUUGGAGAUGAGAUAACUGCUGCUCGGCUGUACCAAUUUGCCCACAAAUGGCAAAUCCAAAGCCUCUUAGAAGCCACUGACCUUUUUCUGAGAGAGCCCUUGCCUGAAAAUGUUGCCUUCGUCUACGAUGUUUUUAAGCUGCUCAGAAAUGAAGAAGGCCUGAAGAGGUGCAUGAAGGUCAUCAAAAUGAAGACUCCUUAUGUAAUCAAAAGUCCUUACUGGGAAAAUGUGUCGUUGGAAACAGUGAUGGAUGUGUUGGGUUCAAACACCCUUUCCAUUUCCAAUGAAUGCAGUUUACUUGAAGCCCUCGUUCUGUGGGGAAUGUCUCGAGUAAAAACCCAAGGUGGGCCUUUGUCUGGUGAGGAGGUGAGGAAGGCCAUUGAUGAGCCCCUGAAGUGGAUUCGCUUCUUAACAAUGGAUCAAGAGAAAUUUACCAGUUUUUGUUUGAAAUGCAGCAGUCUAGAAAUUCUAACUGCCAAAGAAAGCAUGCAAAUUUUUAUGAGCUUAUCUACCAAAAAUGAUACUCUCUUGCCAGAAAAAUUCAGCCACAACAGAGACUGGAGAUUUUCUCUUGAUAUGGCAACUUGGGUGCCCUUGCCCACAUCUUUAGAAAAUGAUUAUGAUGCACCAUGCUACUUAGAAUUCAGUGUAAGCGCAGAUGUAUUUUUUGUGGGAUUUCGUUUUUUGGACUUUCACGAUUCUAAUUAUCAUUUCAAGCCGGACGCAUCGUUUGAAUUAUGUAGUGAAAGUGGAAAAAUCUGUGAAGGAACCACAAAAAAAGAUUUUGACCCUAACUUGUAUUGCUGCUUGGUCAAACCCCAUGCCCUUGUAAAGGAUGUGAAAUACAAAAUCUUUGUUCAUUAUUACAACCUGCCCGAAGAUAGCUAUUCGUUCCAAGUCUUUGUAAGCCAAUUUGUCACAGAUGAAAACAUCACAGUUAGCUUGUCUCAAACCUGCAGUAUGGCCGGAAUCUGUUCUUUAAUUUUUUGGUCGGUGCCUUAAAGAAAAAGUUCAUUUGUACUUAAGAUAUUAUUUGUAUUGCAAAAUUAUUGCUUGUAUAACAGAAACUCAAUAAAUAAUGUAAUCAUCUGUUAUAAUUUGCUCCAAU